AUGGAGAGAAAAAUGAAUUUCAUCCCCCUCCUCCUCCUCCUCCUCCUCCAUGCCACAAUUGACAGCAGCGUGGGAUGCUACUGUGACCAUUACCCAUGGUCUCCCUGGUCUAGCUGCUCAAGGACUUGUAAUUAUGGCACUCAAAGUAGGCAAAGGUAGGAGAGACAUGACACCUUUGACUUCACAAACUGAUACCUUUUUAUCUUUCAAGUUGUCUGUUAGGAAUAUGCCUAGACGAAAAUGUUUUCAGCAGGCAUUGAGAAAGGAUAGAGGGAAGGUGUUUGCCUGAUGUCUGUAGACAGGGAUGUGGUGAUCACACAGGGUCCCCGGACGUUUCACCGUCUGUUGAUCGCUGUGCCACCACUUUAUUUCUCACUGCCACCACCCAGGCCUACCUGGUACAAUACUGAGUCCGGUCAGGGUUAAAUUGGAACAUAAACUUCUGUUUAUUUAUUGCAGUUUAACAAGCGUGUGGUUUCGUAAACGGUAUCAGUCAAUUACAAUCAUGGGGUGCCUAUCCAGACCUACCUGCUCUCACUCACUAAACCACUCUCAGAUACCGAUUUGUCUUCAUAGCCCCUAACUGUUCCUGACUCAGCUUAUUCUGCUACACUAACUCAACCUACCCACAGACUCUUCCCAAUUCACUCCCGCUCCAAUCAACCACCCCACUCCCAACGAACUCUUCCCUUCACCCCACCCAGAGCUGGUUUUAUAGUCCCUCUGACUCCACCCCCUAGGUUCUGAUUGGGUAAGCUGUUUAACUAUUUCACUUCCAGCACUCUCAUACGUUAACGUCACAAGGGAGUUCCAGACUAGAUGACACUCAUGGUUGCUUCCAACUCAACGAUUCUAUGAUUCAGUCUAAGAGUGGGUGUUGCCACACUACAGGAUCAAUUUCUUGCAAACGUAGAACGAGUACAGGCAAUGACCAAUUGAUGUGCUACUGGACACCUGUGCAUCGGGGUGACCUGGAAGUGUAACUGGGGGUGUGUGAUGGGGGGCAGGGGAGUAACAGGGCAUAAUGGGGCAUAACAAGGGGGAGUUGGCUUAUGUGCCACCAAUGGGAGCCAGGGUCAUUGCCUGUAUUAUGUGGCACUUGUAACAGUGCCAGUUCCACAAAUUGAAGUGGUCAAGUGGGAGUAUAUGGCGUAAGGAUAUCUUGCAGGUAAACUGCCCCCAAGCUGUUAAGAGCUUUAUCUACUAACAGUAACACAUGUUGUUUCCCCUUUAUCUGCCCUUUAUCUGCCAAUCCCUGUGACUCACUGCUAAUCCUCCUCCCCAAAGUUUUGGAAAACCUGAAAUGCUUCAAAUAAACUUUUUUUCUUUUAGUUUUUAUCAGCCCUCUGUCAGACAAGGCAGGCAUCUCAAUCCUCCAUCCCUUGUGGCAGAGCCAGUGCAACUUGCAGCAUUCCAGGUCCAUUCAGGCGUCCUUGAGACAAAAGGCUUCCUUGCAGCAACUAAUUGCACAUUAAUUCAUCUUCAUUUGUCCUCUUUGGCCAGCAGGUUCCAAGGUGGGAAUUAUUUUGCUUCCCUUGUUUGUUUGGCCACAAACACGGUUUCCCCCCCUGUAUUCUAGGCAAAUCAGGAUGGAUGACUAUUAUAUAAAAAACCUCUGUGGCCAACUCUGCAGAACUCAGGAAUCCAGGGCCUGCAACCAGCAGAUGUGCCCUAUCAAUUGCCAGCUUGGAAACUUUGGUCCCUGGUCAGAAUGUGACCCCUGUGUUAGAAAACAAGUAAGUGCAAAAAUUGAAGGGAGGUGGGCACGAAAGGAAGUCAAUGUCAGGGACCGUGCAGAGGAGGGCUGCACUGAGGAGGAAUGGUAGGAGCCUCCCCCUCCCCCUGAUCAGGAUCCUGAAUUAGAUUUGGAACAGUGGUUUGCAGAGGGACAUAGUUCAGAAGGCAGAAGCUGGGAAGUACUGGGUGAGGAACAGCUAGGAGGAGGAGAACUGGGAGAGAGAGAGAGUUAACAGACUCACUGUCGUUGGAAAGCAUCCAGCCCAGGCAUAGGCAAACUCAGCCCUCCAGAUGUUUUGAGACUACAAUUCCCAUCAUCACUGACCACUGGUUCUGUUAGCUAGGGGUGAUGGGAGUUGUAGUCCCAAGACAUCUGGAGGGCUGAAUUUGCCUAUGCCUGGUCCAGCCACUCAGCCCAAGGUCAAGGAGAGCAGAUAAGGUGGCAGCACAGGAAGCACAGUGGUUGCGAGAUCAGGAUGCAAGAUGUGGAAGUCACCGGGGGGGUGGGACUAGGGAGGAAGUGGGUGGAACCCUUACUUGGGAGCACCUUCAUUCCUUGGAAAUGGAUUCUUUGUUCUCUAGCUGUGAUCAUUAAAGUUCUAACUGGUAAGAGACUCCUUUCUCUUUGUUCUGCUUGUCUACGAGCAAAGGGGGGGGGGAGGAAACUGAGUCCCUGAAGCCUGACAGGCAAUGAGAAAUGCGAGUGAGCCUUUUGUAUUAUUUUGAUUCAUUCAAAGUACAGCUCACUAUCCAUUCUGAAAGUCCCAGCUUCAAUGCUCAGCAUUUCCAAGUAAGGCUGGGAAAGAUUCUCCUUCUGAAACCCUGCAGAGCUUCUGCCAGUCACUGUAAACAAUAAUGAGCUAGACUGACCAUUGGUCUGACUCAAUCUAAGGCUCCUUCCUAUCUUCCCACUAACUAUUCAACUCAAGACAUGCACUGUUUCUUUAAAUUUAUCUGGAGAGGGGAGGCAAAAUCUCACUGCCCUCUCCUCAUACUCUGCUUUCACUAGUGGCACCAGUGUUAUGGAAUGUUCUCCCUGCUGAACUACAAUAGACCCCCAUCAGUAUUGGCAUGCCACCGGCUUAUAAAGACACUGCUGUUAUACAAGCAGUCCUCUGAUCUCCUGGCCUAAAGCUCCUGUUGUAACUGUUAAUUGCUGUGUUAUUUUAAUGGGCUUUUUAAUUGCACAUUUGUAUUGGGGUGUUUAUUUUAAUGUUUUGGUGGAAUGGCUUUCUGUGUAUUUUAAUAAUGUGUGUUUGUAUUUUUUGGUCAUGGGUUUCAUACUCGUAAAUGACUUAGAAGCCAUUUUGGCAAUUAAGCAGAAUAUAAAUUACUUGACGGUGGUGGUGAUGAUGGUGAUGUCUUUGUUCUGCCUUUCAGUUUCGUGUCAGAUCCAUUAUCACACCUUCUCAGUUUAAGGGGCAACCCUGCAAUGAGCCACUGGUAGAUUCCCGGAGGUGCUACCCAACCAAACAAUGCAACAUAGAGGAAGUAAACUGCGAGAAUAAAUUCCAGUGUGAAAAUGGUAACCCAUAUUUGUAUCUUGAUUCCUUCAAUCUAGAUGCACCAUAAAAAAAAUUUACAACCAUUUUAGUAGUGAAGCAAGUUCCAUGUGUGCAGUUGACUGUCUCCUUCCCCCAUGCACCCCUGUACUCCUUUCCAAUCUGCUGGGGGAACACACAGAGUGAAUUUGGAGGGUGUGGGGAAAACAGAAGGAACAGAAGGAGGGGAAGUUCCAUUGCAUGAGUUGAAGCUGUUCCACUUGUGCAAUAACUUUGUUGGAUACAGCCCUAUUUAUUUAUUUAAGCUCUGACACCAUUUAUUUAGGCUCUCUAACCAGUUCUCCAUUCCAGAUUAGCAUCUGAAUCUGGAGGGCCACGCACAGGUUCCCUAUCCUUGACUUAGUGAAAUAAUACAUUCUUGGUGUGGGUGUUCAAUAAUCUAAAACAAUAGCUUCUAACUCUUAAAACUAUGGUGUGAAAGGCAGGGCCCAUGCCUACCAAAUCUAUCUUGGCAGGCAUCUUGAUGGGCUGGAUGGCCACUAAUGUGGAUGGCUUUGAAAGUGAACUAGAUAAAUUUGUGACCAGUCACUGUGUGAGAACAGAGUACUGGACUAGAUAGGUCUUUAGCCCCGAUACAGCAGGUCUUUUCUUAUGUUCCUCACAACAGGUCGGUGCAUUGGCCGAAACUUGGAAUGCAAUGGCGAAAAUGACUGUGGGGACAAUUCAGAUGAAAGGAACUGUCGCCGUGUGAAGGCUGUGUGCAACAGAAGGCACGAGAGCAUUCCUAGCGUGCAGUUAAUAGGCCAUGGGUAAGGAAGCUAUUCUUAGAUGUCUUUUGCUUGUUCACAUCUAGUAAAUAAGUUAAAAAGAACACCUUACAAACAGAAUAUAAAUAUACAAUCCAAGUAUGCUUUCUGCAUGCACUAUUAUCACUGUGGUUUCCUAAAAAUUGUUGUAAACAGAAAAAUAUAUUGAUUACCAUAACAUGACUGAUAAUCUAACUUGUUUUAACUGAUUUUAAUAUUGUAUUUUUACAUUGCUUUUCCUUGUAUUUGUUGGGGGGAUUUAUUUGACUGGAGGGGGAAUUGCAAGGAGCAAAUGACAGGCAGAGAAAGGAUUAAUCCCUCCCUCUUCUACAAAUUGCAUCCUCUUGCAAUUGUUCUGCAAUGACUGGAUUUCCCAAAUGUCUAGUUCAACUGCAGCAGACACUCUACCCCGUCCCCGCCCCCGUAUAACGAAGCCACUUGCUUUCACACUUUCCCCACCACAAGGUGGAGCAGAGCAAACUGAAAAAUCUUGCUAAUCCCAUUUAAAUUAUUUUUAAGAUACCUCAAAAUUCCUACAGAAGUUUCACUUGAUCAGAAUAACCCACAAUCUAAAACCCAGAAGAGCCCCUAUUCCACUCACAGAGCAACAAUUCCUAGAGUUCCCUGGGAAGAGGAGUUGAUGUUUAAACAACUCCAAAAGCUGUGGUUAACUUUCAAGCUGAUGAAUUGCGUUAACUCUGAGAAAGAUGGAAUGAGCUGAUAGGAGGUGGUUUUAAAGCUGGUUUCUGAUUAGCUGGACGUGGGUGGCACUGUGGUCUAAACCACCAAGCCUCUUGGGCUUGUCGAUCGGAAAGUUGCGGUUCAAAUCCCCACGGCGGGGUGAAUUCUUGCUGCUCUGUCCCAGCUCCUAGCAGUUUGAAAGCAUGCCAGUUCAAGUAUAUAAAUAGGUACCGCUGCGGCAGGAAGGUAAAUGGCGUUUCUGUGUGCUCUGGCUUCCGUCAUGAUGUUCCGUUGUGCCAGAAGUGGUUUAGUCAUGCUGGCCACUCGGAAAGCUGUCUGUGGACAAACGCCGGCUCCCUGGGCCUGAAAGCGAGACGAGUGCCGCAACCUCAUAGUCGCUUUUGACUGGACUUAACCAUCCAGGGGUCCUUUACCUUUACUUCUGCUUAGCUAUGAAGGAGCAGGUUCUGCUUUUAUAAACAGGCAUUCUUAAUACAUGGGAAAGGUGGGACUAGGGGUGGAUGAACCUAAUCAGUUUCAGUUUCUCUUGGUUUCUCAUUUUUCCAAUCUUAUGCUCAGUUUGCCUCGUUCCCACUUCAGUCUGCGAUUUAUUUUUAAGUCUCCAUGCAAAAUUGUAUGGAUUUUCAUAUUCCGUUCUCCUAAUAUAAUCAUUUUUGUACCCAAGUUUACCUAAUAGACACAUUUUUGCAAGCAGUCUUCCUUGAUAUAUUGCAUUUUCUACAUUAUUUUCACUUAUCUACACAUCUUUGUGCACAUUUCUCACAUUUCCCCAUGCUUCUCCUUCUUUAGUUGAAGAACUGCAUUGCAAAAUUUGCAAAAGCGUGAAUUUUGAAAGAUAGUUUUUGUUUUUGUUCCUGUAUUGGUUUGGGAAGUGCACAUUAUGUAGAUUCACACUAAAAUGUGAACUAAACAAUUCUCUCCCGCAUCCCUAGCUAGGAUAGACAUGAACAGUGGACAAGUUGAGAGGGAUAAAUUUAUACUCUAGCCUAGCUACUCAAAGGUAAGUCCCAUUGGUUUUCAGGCUAUCCCUCCCAGUAAGUAUUCAUAGGCACACAGUGUUAUUUAUUCAGUCAAGUCAUUUAUCCGUCUUAUCUGACUGACAAGUUGGCCCUUGGUGCUUUUUGUGACCAACCAAACUUUCUGGAAUCUUCCCUUUCUCCAGAUUUCAUAUUAUGGCACAGGAGAACAGAGGAGAAGUCCUUGGCAAUUCUUUCAAUGGAGGCAAAUGUACACUUGUGAAAAAUAAUGAUACACGGAAGACAUUUCGGGUUCCUGCAAACUUAGACACGGUCAGCUUUCAGGUACCGGUCAAAAAAUACAAAACACCAGAUCUUGCAUACAGAAGCUUUACAAUGACUAUAAGGCAAAUGAUAUUUUACUUUAGCAACAGAGGACUGGACGUUUUCCAGAAAUCUAUGUAUCUUUGAGCAAUAUUCAUCCUGUUCUAUUGGGAUUUGAGGCUUGCUGGGUAAGUGGAAGCAGGCAGAGCAGGCAAAUCAGGACCCUGGACAGUUCCCCACUGUUUGAGCUAUGGUAGAUGUUGUCGCAGCAAAGGAUCAGAUCAUCUGAAGACUUUUUGUGGUUCUACCCUCUCUGGGAGUCGUGUAAUUUCCCCCCUGCAGUUUCGUGUUCCUGUAUGGCUGUGGAACUGCAGACACUACAGUGGAGUCAUCCCCAGAGUCCAAAGAUGAAGGGGAAACCAUGUUUUUAGGCCAAAAUGAUGGAGAAAGUGCUGCUGAAGGCUCCCUACCCCCCAAGUGGGGUGACUUUUGGGACAUCUGAACCUGAGUCCUCCUUGGUGACAUGCUGAUCUGGAUGUAGGAGACAUAAUUUUUGAAUAGAACUAUGCCUUAUAUUUAUUGUGGGUGCAUAUCUCUGUUUUCCCUCUCCACAGACAGAGAAUGAAGAGGACGAUGUGGCAUCUGAUUUUUACAGUGAUUUAAUUCCUCUAGAGUCUUCUUCCUCUGGAAGCAGCUCUUCCUCUAGCUCAGGCAGACGAUCUUCUGGAAUCCCAUUGCUCUUCUCCAGAAAGACUAAAGUGAAGGUCACAUCUUCAUCCUCCUUCAGAGAGGCUGUGCAAGCUUCAUAUAAAAAGGUACUCAUGUUUUUGUUCUUUCCUUUUUUUCAGUCUCUGUCCACCAGUGCUGAAUUCAAGUCUUGACCAGCAGAAGCGGAAAAGGAUAUGGUUUAUUUUCCAGGGAACACAAAACCUUUCCUCUACUGAAGUAUCUGCAUUGUGGGAAAGCAGAAAAUUGUAUCAUAGGUCUGAAAGUGUUGAUCAAAGCAGAUUAGUUUAGAGCAGUCCAUUCAGAUCAUUGAAAGGGAAUACAGAGACAUUAUAUUUCAUAUACAGCUUAUAUGUUUUUUCUUUUUAAAUGUCUCCUGAUGGGUGAAAUUAGACUUUUUCUAAGCCCAAUGAAACCACUACAAUACAACUGAAAUAAGAGUGAUCUUUUCUUGUUUAGCAAUGUCUGGUGGUGCAGGAAAGACAGAUAAUAUUAGAUACAUUGCAAUCAGGGCUGGGGGAGAAACACUAUCAUAAAGUUUAAGGCGUGUCUAUUGAGAAUGUUUCUGUACUGAGAUUAAGGUUAGUAGACCUGAUUGCAUCUGAUCAAAAACUUCUAUUCAUUUGUGUUUGAACAGAGACAAUGCUUUUCCUGUUUCAAUACAGCUGUUAGUUUCUGCAGCGAUGCUGAGAUGAAUCUAUUUUUAUCAGGGAAGAUCACCACGCUCAUUUUGCAUACAUUUAUGCAAUUAACCGCAGACUGAGCUUUUGCAUUCCAUUGCUAUUUAAUACCAACUUUUACACACACACCCUUUCAACAACCAUGUGCAUUAAAUCUGACAACCAAACAUCACUGGAGCAAGUGAGGCUUGCAACAAAAUGGUGUGAUGUAUCCUCACUUCCUAGCAGUGGUGUUCCUGUUCAGGGUUCCUGCCACCCAGCCAUACCCAUCUCCAGGAUAAUAUCAGUGUAAGGAACUCAGGAAGUUGUAUUGCAUUUCCCUGCCCACCUAAUUUUCAGUUUUCUGUUUCCCAUCUGACCAUCAAUGUUCUGUGUGUGUGUUACUGUUUGUUUUAGGUUUUGUGUACUUCUGCCAAAACUGAAGUCUCCCUGAGAAUGCUAAUAUUCUUGUCUCCGUGACUCCAUUUUUGUCGACACUCACCGCCUGAGGUUGCUAUCGAAGGCUGUGAUGCUGGUUUAGACUUUUGAUCUGAUCAAGCAAGGCAAUUCUUUUCAUGUCUUGACAAAAAAACGAAGGGAAUUUACUUCCAAACCAAUUAUAUUUAUUCUGCACUAGGGAAAGGGGAGAAUUUAGAUCCGAGUUGCAUUUAAAAGCAAACAUCCACACUUUUCGAAACAAUACAAACAGAGCUGUUUUUUGAAAUUUGCACUUGUUUGAAUUUUGCAAUGCAGUUCCCCAGUCAAGGAAUGUGUACAAAACUGCAUAUACUAGGAUAAAGUGUGCAUAUAUUGGUGAAAAAUAGCAGACUAAUAUGCAUCAUAGCAAGGGAGAUUGUCCAGUAAAAAUAUAUAUCUUUUGAGAAUUUUUCACUAAAAUGCAGAUGAGUUUUCAAGAUUAUAUUUUUUUUAAAAAAUGGUAGACUGCAGUGGAAAUGUGGAGAACUAGAUUAAGAUAGGAAAAAAUGGCAGAAACCAAAACUGACAGAUUCACCCAUACCUAUUCUGCUAUCACUGGUGCUAAAUCUAGAUGCCUUUUUGCCCUAAUAUCUUUGGCAACAGUUAAGAUGAGACCUAGUGUGGUUCAGGGACUAAAGUGUUGAAGUAGAUUUCAGGCAACCUGGUUUUAACUUGCCACUUGACCAGGAAGUUCACUAGAUGACCUUGGGCAAAUCAUGACAUCUCAACCUAGCCUACCUCUCAGGAAGUUCACUAGAUGACCUUGGGCAAAUCAUGACAUCUCAACCUAGCCUACCUCUCAGGAAGUUCACUAGAUGACCUUGGGCAAUUCAUGACAUCUCAACCUAGCCUACCUCUCAGGGUUGUCAUGAGUAUAAAAUGGGAGGGAGGACCUUUUGCACUGUGGCUUGAAUUCUUUAAAGGAAAAAUGGCAUAUAAAUGUAAUGAGCAAAUCUCUCCUUUUUUUCUGGAAAGCAUAUUCUGCAUGGUGAGUUGGUUUUUUUUAUCAUGGUGCAACAUUUGUCCUUUCUUUCUAAUGUAUACUUGUAAAUUCUAAAUGAAUUCAUAAUAGCCUAUGUUUCAGUAAAAGUGUGGGUGUUAUGGGGUAUAAUAUUUAUUUUUUAAAGUAAUGUUCUUGGUAGCAUUUGUUUAAUAAGUAAAAAAAUUCUUUUCCCAAGUGAAACAAAUAUGAACAUAAUUACUUUAGUGUCUGCAGUGUAGAGAUAAGCUUUUCUCUUAAACCAGUUUAUUUAUUCAUUCAUAUACUGUAUAAAAUAUCACAGUAGAAACAACGGCCAGGGAUUGUAAAUGGGAAAAGAUUUUAGAAAUAAAUAAAUUGUUGGAGCCGGAGCUAGUGAUUUGUCCAUUUACUGAUAGCAUGUAAUAAAUAGAACAUUCUGGACAGAAUUGUUGUAAUUUGCAAUAAAAGGAACCAAAAAUCAAGAAAGAACUAAAGUUAAGUUUCUCACCAACAAAUUCAUUGCCGUAAGAUGUGGUGCAGGUGGCUGGUUUUAUUGGCCUUCAAAGGUGAAGAGACAUAAUCAUGGAGGGAUAGUCCUUUUGGCUGCUAUUAGCCAUCACUCCCACUUAUGGUGAACUCAGAUGUUGAGUGCUGACACAAAUUCAUCCAGAAUUGGGCAAAUGAUAAACAAGAGGUAUUAGGGUGUGUGUGUGUGUAGGUAUGUACUAUAGGUAUUCACCUGUGAACUGCUCCACUGUAUUCACAUACCCUCCACCUCUUUGAAGCCCAAAUCUGGGACACCAUCUUCCUGUAUGCCAUCUUCCCCAUUUUUUAUCACAACAGCACGGCGGCCAUUUUGGUUGCCAUGAUCUUGUGCAGUUUCACACCACAGUGUUAGGAUAUUUCCGUUCCACCUUAAAAGGGAGCAGGAUGUUUGUGUCACAGCCUGCGUAUUUCCUGUUCACAGGAUGUUUCUGUUUUGUCUAUGCUUUUGUUCUCUCUCUGUGCCUGAGACACCAAAGCAGGCAGUCAUGUUUUCUUUGUUCUGACCAACGCUGAAUAAAAUUGUAAAUAAUGCUCUCCUGCGUGCAUCUUUCGCUGUGUGAAUUCUGCUGAUAGAGUGUGCACGAGCUCUGGAAUGUGGGAAGCUAUUUCUGGGGCUCGUGUCGCUAAUUGCUGAUACUGUAUCUACGGGAGAUCGAUGGAUCGUCCGGAGGCGACGUGGAGUCAUGAUGGGCUUUAUCUCCCUGGCAGUAUCCCAACACACAGUUCCCCCGAGGCAAAAAAAAAUUUGCUUUUUUCAAGCAUGGCACCCAUAAAUGUGUGUUUGGGGGCAUCACAUGAAAUCAUGGCCCUCCCAAAAGUGCUAAGUAGGGGGGAAUUGCACUGUGAGAUUGCAGCAAGCAAAAUGGCUGCCAUUCUCUUGUGAUAAAAAAAUGGGAUGUCCAGGUUUUUUGGGGGACACUUAUGGGGUGUGUAUUCAGCCCUGAGAAACACUACAAUUCAAGUGACAGCAGCACAUGAAAUGGUUUUCUCUGUGGUGGCUCCAAGGUGUUCUGGAAUGCCCAUCUAUUUCCAGGUAUAUCUUGUGGCAAUUGAUAUACUUUUUUUGGCCUUGGAUCAAGGUGCUGUCCUAGGCAUUUGGACGAGUAGCAGUUUCCCCUCCUGCUAUUUUAUGUUGCUGCACUCCUGUUUUGCUGCUCAUGUGAUCUUGUUGAGCUUUGUGCUUUUAAUUCAUGGUUUUAAUGAUUUUAUGUUGUUUUAAAACCAUUGUCAUUUUAUGUAACGUGCCCUGGGAGCAUUUGGUGAAGAAUGGCCAUAAAAAUCAAAUAAGUGCCUUAUUAGCAACUGGGACAGACUCUAACUUUAAUUCUUCCAUUUUAGAACUCCAACUUUAUUAGAGUCCAUAAGGUGAUUGCUGUGUCGAACUUCACAGUGAAACAGUCAGACUUGCACCUCUCUGGAGUUUUCCUACAGGCCCUCAACAGCCUGCCUCUGGAGUACAACUAUGCCCUUUACAGCCGGAUAUUCAAUGACUUUGGGACUCAUUACUAUACUUCUGGUUCAAUGGGGGGCACGUAUGACCUCCUCUAUCAAUACAGUGCUGAAGAGCUGAGAAAUUCAGGUAUGUGGCAGUUAGCUAGGGAAGAUCACAUCACCAUUUUAACAGCAGUAAAUGGCCCUGUUUGGGGGAGAAUGGGAGAGGAUAUGCAACAGUUUCUUUUUAAAAAACCAAACUUUUCCAGACGUCUCUUUAGUGAUAUAAUGAAAUAGGAUAUGCAUGAGGGAAUAUUUACCAAAUCUUGGGGGCAGGAGACCUGAAAAAGGAAUGUUUGUUUAGAUUUCCCAUGAAGAGGGCACAAAGAGGAAUGUUUAAAUUAUGAACAGUGCAGUUCCUCUCUUAUGCCUGCUCUGACCAAUGACGUCUUGAGUAACUGAGUAAAUUUGAUUGUGUGCAUGUUUGGUUUGUGUGACAUUUCCUUGGUUCCAUGCUCUCUUCCUCAGCAACAUCCCCCUAUAACUCCCAUUGUUCCUACCACAGACCUGUAAAUCUUGCCCUUGCAGGAACACCAUGGCAGCUAGGUUUCUGAACUCUGGCACGCUUCAUCCUCUCACAUCCAGUUCUGGCAAUAUAGAAAUGAAAAAUGUAUAGACUUUUCCUUUGUUUGAAAAAUCAUACUUUAAAGCUGGUUGCACAAGACGCCUGUGGAUUUAUCUGCCUAGAUUAGAAUUUGGCAAGCAAUCCAUUCUGGAUGGGCUGCUGUACCUACAAAUUUCAUCCUCGCUGCAAAUUUCACCCUCUUCUAGAAAAAGGCGGGUGGGGGCAUUUUUACACCAUCCAUUGUAGUUAAUUGGGUGGAUCCAAUGUGGUUCUAAAUGAUUUGCUUUGGAAAGACAGAGAGCACCAUUGAAACAGAUCCUACUGCUCCCCAAAGCUGCACAUACAGAUGCAAGUUGAAUCUUGUGGUCAAAGCAUACCCCUUGAACUCAUUAGGGGCUUAGCUAGAUUGGUAAAGAAAAAGUGUUUUAUAUGCAUUUUAUAUGCAUUAUAACACUGUGACACCAACGUGAUUUCUCUUACAAAGUUUACAGUGCAUUUUCCUGAAACACUUAUUUGAUGUGUCUAGAACCAGCCUAGGUUUGUGUUAUUUUGUAUUAUUUAAGAUAAUUCUGAUUCCAAACCAGGCACAUAUUGUUAUUUUUCUGUAAUAGCAGAAUGCUGCCAGACAUGAGACUUAGGAGCUGCUCCUUUCUGCUUACUCACUAAGAAGCACUGACCAGUUUCAGCCAGUUCUGAUGAACAACAUUUGCUCUCCACUUCGGAAAGAGACAGUGAGCUAUUCCCACAGUGUUGUUUGCAAGGCAGAACAAUAAGUAAAAAUAACAUGAAUGCUGAGUUGCUUUGUGAAUUUUUAAGUACUGGGGACAUGAUUUCUCUCCCCACUACAGGUUUAACAGAGCAAGAAGCAAAUGAGUGUGUCCGGACAGAAACAACGAGGCGCGUCUUUUUCAGGAAGAAAAAGAAAGUGCGUACAGAUUGCAUCAACAACAGAAUGAGUGAGAAGCAUGAAGGUAGCUAUAAAGGAUAGUGGAUUUCUAGCGAUCCUAUUGCCUCGAAGUGUGUCGUGGUGAAUAAUAAGAAUAAGCAAUAACCUCAAUAUCCUUUGUUUUUCCAGUGGCAAAUACUUGCAAAGAGUGCAUUAUGUUGAUAUCCAGGGAUUCAGCUUUUUUCAUUCUUUAAAAAAUAACCUCCAUUAAAUUCUGCUCUAGAAUAGUCUCAAUGUUCACGAUUUCAAAGCACUGUGAGAGACUAAUUGCUUUUGGGGAGGGUUAACUGAAGCAGAUAUGGUCAAGGAAUUUAGCCCUUUCUCUGCUGCUGUCCUUGGAAAUCUCAUUUUUUUCUGUAGCUGCUAUUUUCAUUAGGAGGAAAUACCUCCCUUAAAGGUAAAGGUAAAGGGACCCCUGACCAUUAGGUCCAGUCAUGACCAGCUCUGGGGUUGUGGCACUCAUCUCGCUUAACUGGCCGAGGGAGCCGGCAUACAGCUUCUGGGUCAUGUGGCCAGCAUGACUAAGCCGCUUCUGGUGAACCAGAGCAGCGCACGGAAACACUGUUUACCUUCCCGCCGGAGCAGCUUUCGAACUGCUAGGUUGGCAGGAGCAGGGACCGAGCAACGGGAGCUCACCCCGUCGUGGGGAUUCGAACCGCCGACCUGUGGUUUAACCCACAGCACCACCCGUGUCCCUAAUACCUCCCUUAGCAGAUGCUAUUUGCUUAUUUAUUUAUUUUUUUAAAAAAGAGUGUCAAAUUCAUGUCGACUCUAAUUUGAUCUUGACAGUUUCAGCUGACAAGUGGCUAAUAAAGGAAGAAACGUAAGUAAAGAAAUGGAAUGUAUUGUGGAAAGCUCCAUCCUGCAUCUUGCAUACACUAUGUAAAUUAAAUGAACUUACACCUGCCCUACCCAGUGACCUUCCUUGGUGUAUAAGUCUCUAUUCUUUUGGUGCACUGAUGUAAUACUGCAGUCUGCUCUGCUCUUGUUCAGGACAAGCUUAUUCCAUUCCCCCUCCCACCCAAUUUUCUGAUUACUUCCCCUCCAACAGUCAGUCAGCAUUCCAUAGCCACUGACCUCACUGGACUAUUUAGUGGGUUUUUCUCUAAUUCACUUAGGUGACAUUCAGUGAUGUUAGGUAACUCAUUUUUCUCUGCUCGCACAGUUUGGGAUUAAACUGUGUGGGCAAAAAAACAGCAUCUCUGCAAGCGGCGACAACCAGCUUGCAAGUGGCAGGGCAUGGCAUUUGCCAACGUUCAGAUGAUAGCUCUUGCAUGCAAAGCCCUGUGUCGUCACAAGUGCCAAUAAUCAUGCCAGCACUUGCUAUGUAGCUCAAGCAUCAGUGUUGCCUUCGAAACAAACCUCAUUUUCAGCUAAGCUGACUCACGUUUGACAUAAUAUAUGAUGACAGAAACAAGCAGGCGGGCAUGGCUUGGUCAAAAUGGCUUCAUGGACCAAAUAGAGAGACCUAAUAGACCUAAUUAUGCCCAUGGGCUAGAGGUUUGUCAUGGCCAGUAUAUCAUUCAUUCUUUCAGGUGGUUUUCUGCAAACCACCGUCUGCGUCGGUUUUGAAUAGAUGCUGUGAAUUUAAGCAUUGUUCUGGUAACCAAAAACCACUCCUUUCAAAUCUGUUCCAGGUUCUUUUCUUCAGUCCUCUGAAAAGUCUAUCUCAUUAGUAAAAGGAGGGAGGUCUGAAUACGCUGCAGCACUGGCCUGGGAAAAGAAAGGAUCUUUCCCAGAGCAUGCCGUGUACACAAAUUGGCUGGAAUCGACCAAAGACAAUCCAAUCGUCGUUGAUUUUGAGGUAGGAAAGCAGAAGCAAUGAAGCAGUGUAUCCUUUUAGCCCACAAAGAGAUGAACAUAGGUCCUCGGUUCACAAUGGGGAAAGCAUUUAUUAAUCUUGUUGUGGAUAUUCUGGUCACAAAAUAAAGUUAAAGAGAUAGGUGAAGAGCUGUGUAACUCAGUGGUAGAACAUCUGAUUUGCAUUCAGAAGAUCCAAGCUUCAACCCCUUGCAUCUCAAGCCAGGACUGAAACCAGGCAGUGUAGACUAGGUUUCCUCAACCUUUUCGAACCUGCUUUUAGCCCAAACAUGUUUUUGGGAGACCUGUUUCUUAAUCUUAGGCCAGACAUCUGCAUAGUGGUAGAGUUCUUCUUGGCACUCCCCUUGGAUCCAGUAUACCUGAAGGAGCGUCUCCACCUCCAUCGUUCUGCCCGGACACUGAGGUCCAGCGCCGAGGGCCUUCUGGUGGUUCCCUCACUACGAGAAGCCAAGUUACAGGGAACCAGGCAGAGGGCCUUCUCGGUAGUGGCACCCGCCCUGUGGAAUGCCCUCCCAUCAGAUGUCAAAGAGAAAAAUAACUACCAAACUUUUAGAAGACAUCUGAAGGCAGCCCAGUUUAGGGAAGCUUUUAAUGUUUAAUAGGUUAUUGUAUUUUAGUGUUUUGUUGGAAGCCGCCCAGAGUGGCUAGGGAAACCCAGCCAGAUGGGCGGGGUAUAAAUAACAAAUUAUUAUUAUUAUUAUUAUUAUUAUUAUUAUUAUUAUAUCAGCUCACAACUCAAUAGGAGGCACCUACCCACCAGAUGAAGACCAGUGGUAUAGACAAUUGGUGGGUAUCUACUGAAGUGGGUAAAAGAAUAGUCCAACUUGGUUUAAGGCAGCUCCCUAUGUUCUUCUAACUUUGUAAAGCACCUAAGGAGAGAUGCAAUUCUUCAGGUGUUGUGGAACUCCAACCACAUAACUAUUCUCUUUGUAAAACACUCUGAGUCGUCCCCCCCCCACUUUUUUAAGAGUUUGGAUGUGAUAUCCUGCUUUAUCACUACCCGAAGGAGUCUCAAAGCAGCUAACAUUCUCCUUUCCCUUCCUCCCCGACAACAAACACUGUAAGGUGAGUGGGGCUGAGAGACUUCAAAAAAGUAUGACUAGCCCAAGGUCACCCAGCAGCUGCAUGUGGAGGAGCAGAGACGCGAACCCGGUUCCCCAGAUUACGAGUCUAUCGCUCUUAACCACUAUACCACACUGGCUCUCUAGUGUUAGAAUUUAAACAAUCGAGCACUGUAUAAAUUUUAUGAACCAAACAAAUAGCUCCCAUCAUCCUGAACACUGCCCAUUUGGUGAUGAGCGUUGGCUUCCAACAGCAUCUUGAAGACCACAUGUCCCCCGUUCCUGAGAUAAAGAUGCACUGCACUUGAUGUUACCACAAGGCUCUUUUCAUUUAGCUGGCUCCCAUUUUGGAUCUGGUGAAGGACUUCCCGUGUGCGGCAACUAAACGGCAUAACCUCAGGAAAGCUCUUGCAGAAUAUGCGGAGCGAUUUGACCCGUGCCGAUGCGCUCCCUGCCCCAACAAUGGCAGGCCUGUGCUCUCCGGAACCGAAUGCCUCUGUGUGUGCCAGGCUGGUACAUAUGGCGACAACUGUGAGAUGAAAGCACCCGAUUACAAAUCUGGUAUAGUCCUUCAUAAUUUUAUUUGCAUGCUGCUUUUACGCAAAAAGAAUCAUGCUCAAAGAAAAGGGAUGCACCUCAUAGGCAACCACCGCAAGAACAGUUUCAUAAUAACAUAAUAAAACAGCAAUAUCAUAGCAAAUAUAACAACGUGCAACAACCCUUAUAACAUUUCAGCUUCGCAUGGUCCUGAUACCAUGGCAGAAAUGCAGGGAAGUGCAGAUACAACUAUAACACCUAGAAGAAGAAUUUUUGUGUGACAGUGCUCACCAGUACAGGGUACCAUCACCUUCUCUUCUUUUGCUGUCUAUAAUAGCCAUUUUGUGCUGGCACCCACGACACUUUUAAGAAAACAUAAGUACCGGUGUUGCAUUUUUUAAAAAAUCAGGCAGAGGGCCUUCUCAGUAGUGGCUCCCACCCUCUGGAAAACCCUCCCAUCAGAUGUCAAGGAAAUAAACAACUAUCUUACUUUUUUAAAAAAAUUUUUUAUAAAAUAUUUAUUGAAAUUUAAACAUUACAAAAAAGAAAAGAAAAACAAGAGAGAAAUAUACAAAACAUCAACAAUACCAAAAAAAGAAAAGAAAAGAAAAACCUAAAAAAAAACAACCCAAAAGAGAACAGACAAACAUACAAAAGAGCCCCAUAUUUUCAUAUCCUUAUCUUCCAUUAACUUAUUUCCUCGACUUCCUCACACCUCCUUUUUUGUAUUCUAGUUCAAUUAAAUGUUCUAGCAAGUCCUUUCCCUCUUUCACAAAUUUAGUUCCAUAAAUUAAUUUAACAAAAUUUUUAACUUAAAUUUACAUCUUUACCCAAUGUCAACUAUUCACACUUAAUUCUUUAUAAUAUUUCUACUAAAGUCAUAUACGGUAACUUCUUUCCAGCAUCUUUCUAACAUUCAUUAAUUUUAGAAUAUUUCUGUAGAUAAACUUUAAAUUUCUUCCAAUCUUCUUCCACCGACUCUUCUCCCUGGUCUCGGAUUCUGCCAGUCAUUUCCGCCAAUUCCAUAUAAUCCAUCAGCUUCAUCUGCCAUUCUUCCCUGGUAGGUAGAUCUUGUGUCUUCCAGUGCUUUGCGAUGAGUAUUCUUGCUGCUGUUGUAGCAUACAUGAAAAAAACUCUAUCCUUCUUUGGCACCAAUUGGCCCACCAUGCCCAGGAGAAAGGCCUCUGGUUUCUUUAAGAAGGUAUAUUUAAAUACCUUUUUCAUUUCAUUAUAGAUCAUCUCCCAGAAUGCCUUAAUCUUUGGGCAUGUCCACCAAAGGUGAAAGAAAGUGCCUUCAGUUUCAUUGCAUUUCCAACAUUUAUUAUCGGGCAAAUGAUAGAUUUUUGCAAGCUUGACUGGUGUUAUGUACCACCUGUAAAUCAUUUUCAUUAAAUUCUCUUUUAAGGCAUUACAUGCCGUAAACUUCAUACCAGUGGUCCAUAACUGUUCCCAGUCAGCCAUCAUAAUGUUAUGUCCAACAUCCUGUGCCCAUUUAAUCAUAGCAGAUUUCACCAUUUCAUCCUGAGUAUUCCAUUUCAGUAGCAAGUUAUACAUUCUUGACAAAUUCUUAACUUUAAGGUCUAACAAUUCUGUGUCCAACUUUGAUUUUUCCACUUGAAAACCUAAUUUUUUGUCCUGAUUGUAUGCCUCCAUUAUUUGGUAAUAAUGGAGCCAAUCUCGCACUCUGUUUUUUAAUUUUUCAAAACUCUGUAAUUUUAAUCUGUCACCCUCUUGUUCCAAAAUUUCCCACAACUAUCUUACUUUUAGAAGACAUCUGAAGGCAGCCCUGUUUAGGGAGGCUUUUAAUGUUUUACGUUUUAUCGUGUUUUUAAUAUUCUGUUGGGAGCUGCCCAGAGUGGCUGGGGAAACCCAGCCAGAUGGGCAGGGUAUAAAUAAUAAAUUGUUAUUGUUAUUGUUAUCAUUUAUUAUUAUUACAGUGGUGCCUCGCAAGACGAAAUUAAUUCGUUGCGUGAGUUUUGUCGUCUUGCGAUUUUUUUCGUCUUGCGAAGCACGGUGUCGGGAAAGUUUUGGAAAAGCUUCAAAAAUCACCAAAGUCUUACCGAUGGAAGCAAAGGCUCAGAAAAGGCUCAAUAUGGAGGCCAAAUGGCCGAAAUAUUGGGAAAUUUUGGAACAAGAAGGAGACAAAUUGAAAUUGCAGAGUUUUGAGAAAUUAAAAGACAAAGUGCGAGACUGGCUUCAUUAUUACCAGAUAAUGGAGGCAUUCAAUUUGGAUAAGAAAAUUGGCUUCCAGGUGGAAAAAUCAAAACUAGAAACAGAACUGUUAGAACCCAAAACUAAGAUUUUGUCAAAGAUGUAUAACUUGCUGUUGAAAUGGAAUACUCAGGAUGAAACAGUGAAAUCUGCUAUGAUUAAAUGGGCACAAGAUCUUGGAUAUAACAUUAUGUUUGCUGACUGGGAACAGUUGUGGACCACAGGUAUGAAAUUUACGGCAUGUAAUGCCCUAAGAGAGAAUAUUAUGAAAAUGAUAUACAGGUGGUACAUGACACCAGUCAAGCUUGCAAAAAUCUACCAUUCGCCCGAUAAUAAAUGUUGGAAAUGUAAAGAAACUGAAGGUACAUUCUUUCACCUUUGGUGGACGUGCCCAAGGAUUAAGGAUUUCUGGGAAAUGAUAUAUAAUGAAUUGAAAAAAGGUAUUUAAAUAUACCUUCUUGAAGAAACCAGAGGCCUUUCUCCUGGGCAUAGUCGGCCAAUUGGUGCCAAAAAAGGACAGAACUUUUUUUAUGUAUGCCACAACAGCAGCAAGAAUUCUUAUUGCAAAGUAUUGGAAGACACAAGACCUACCCACCUUGGUAGAAUGGCAGAUGAAGGUGAUGGACUAUAUGGAAUUGGCGGGAAUGACUGGCAGAAUCCGAGACAAGGGAGAAGAGUCGAUGGAAGAAGAUUGGAAAAAGUUUAAAGACUAUUUACAGAAAUAUUGCAAAAUUAAUGAAUGUUAGAUUGAUGCUGGAUAGAAACUAAGUGGUCUUUAGCCGAAAUGUUAUAAAGGAAUAUGAAAAAAUGGUUCAUUAAUACAGUGGUGCCUCGCAAGACGAAAAGAAUCCGUUCUGGGAGUCUCUUCGUCUAGCGGUUUUUUCGUCUUGCGAAGCAAGCCCAUUGACGGGAUUAGCGGAUUAGCGCUAUUAGCGCUAUUAGCGGCUUUUAGCAGCUUAUCAGCUUAUCGGAUAAGCAGAUAAGCGGCUUAGCGACUUAGAAAAAGAGGGGAAAAGGGAAAAAACCCCAGGAACUCGCAAGACAUUUUCGUCUUGCGAAGCAAGCCCAUAGCAGAUUCGUUUUGCGAGGCACCUCCAAAACGGAAAACUCUUUCGUCUAGCGAGUUUUCCGUCUUGCGAGGCAUUCGUCUUGCGGGGCACCACUGUAUGUAAAAAUCUAAAAUUACAAUAUUUUAUGAUUAAUGACUAGGAUAUACAAAGAGGGGAGGGAUUUGUUGAACUAAUAACCGAACUGGAAUACAAAAAAGGGAGGUGUGAGGAGGUCCUGGAAAUAAGCAAAUGAAGGUUAGGUAAUGGAAGGAAUGAAUUGUUUUUAAUUAUUUUUACUUUGUAUUUUUCUUUUUUCUUUUUAUGUUUUGUAAUACUUUGAAAAUCUGAAUAAAUAUCUUAUUAAAAAAAAAAUCACCAAAGUCUUUAAAAACCUCAAAAAAGGCUACCACACCGCGUUCUAUGAGUUGCUCCUCGAAGUCAAGUCACAACUGUAUUAACGGUGUUAAGAAAAAGGAAACAAACUUGCAAGACGUUUCCGUCUUGCGAAGCAAGCCCAUAGGGAAAAUCGUCUUGCGAAGCAGCUCAAAAAACAAAAAACCCUUUCGUCUAGCGAGUUUUUUGUCUUGCAAGGCAUUCGUCUUGCGAGGUACCACUGUAUUAGCGCUGGGUGUAGGCGUGUGUUGUUCUCACUUUGUGUAACUGUCAGGGAACUGCCAUCGGAGCUAGAGGCAGAGGGAAGGCUCCAGAGGGAUGCCGGAGAGGGUCCCAGUAGGGAGAGAGGCAGCCCGUCUGCUGGGGAAGGAAAUCAGCGUAACACCAGUGGAGAAGGGGGGCAGAUGGGGGAAUCGGAGAGGAGGCUCCAAGACUCCUCGCCGGAGACCAGCGGAGAGAGUACGGGUCCUCCGCUGCCCACACCCUCCCUGCGCAGAAGGCUUCCGCGCAGGGAGACUAGGCGGAGACUAGGCGUCAAAGAACUUUUGUGCUGGAAGAAGUUCAAGAAACGCCCACUGACAGAUUCUGCCAGCGACUGAGACAGCCACGAAGCUAGAGGCUGUCCAGUCAGAAAGGGUUCAACCAGGUAACCUAGCCAGGAGUGGCGGCAACCUACGCACGAGCAACCCCUAAACCCAUUACAGUAACAUUUCAGUGAAACUUGUGGUUAUUCCAGGCUUGUUAGGGGUUUCUCUUCUCAUCUGUUUCAGUCGUGGUGGAUGGUCACUGGAACUGCUGGUCUCAAUGGGGUCCUUGUAAUGCUGGCCAUACGAGAUAUAGGACCCGUGAGUGUGACAAUCCUUCACCGCUAAAUGGAGGGAAACCAUGUGAAGGUGAACGGGCCCAAGAGGAAGAAUGCUACCUCUCCAUAUUUGCUGACAAGUAAGAGUGAACUAGAAGGGCUAAUUGUGGGAAGGGCUGUAGCUCCAUUGAUUUCCAUUUGUCAGGAUUUUGCAGUUUCCCUAUUUGCAGAAUUUCAAUGAAAAUAGAGCCAGGAAUGGAAACUGCCAAUGUUCACUUAAUUGUUCCAUGUCUGGGAUAGAAAUAAAUCUGGUGCAUAUGAUCGGUUUUGUUGCUACUUUCAUUCCACAAACAACACAUCAUUUAUUACACACACAAUUUGCAUUGUGUCUCCUUUGCGUUGAAAUCAAAAGGUAGAAUAAUGUAAUGACAAUGUCAGUUACAUAAUCUACAUAAUUAAUUAAGUCAGAUAAGUCCACCACAGCAGGCAGUGAGGCAAAUAAUGUAGUCUUUGGCAGAAGAUGAUCUGUAGUGGAACGGAAACAGUGCUGCGUGUGACAAAUAAAGAGACAAUGGAAAAUGAUGCCUUUUUACAUCUCAGAUUCGAUCCCUGGUAUCUCCAGACAGGGCUCCAGAACCCUAAAAAGCAAUUGCUCCUCAGUGAAGAUAGUAUUCUUAUGUCCACCCAAAUCUCUGAGCAGUGAGAGGAUUUUUUUGGCAGGAAGCACCUACCUUGUUUUUGGUUUCCUCAGAAUUAAGGUUACUGGAGACUGGUGUCUUUGUGACAAUUACUUAAAUUAAUAUUUAAGAAAGGAAAAUGGAAGAGCCCUGGGUGGUUCUAGUAAGCAGUAAGCAAAUAAAGGUUGCAUGAAUUCAGGGGUUCUUUUCUUCUAGGGGGGCCUUGUGUCUCAACGAUGGUGAUGAGAAAAAGGAAAGGGAUAUUUUGGUUGAGCAGCCUGAAUCUGGAUGCCUCAAACCAGACCCUCCAGAACAUGGGUUCAUCAGGGUGAGUGUUGGAACUUGUCUCUCUCUCUAAAUGGGUAAAAGCCUUUAUCUCAAUGCCUAGCUUGCUCUUGCUCCUGUCUUCAGCAAAGAGAUGGCCUGAGAGGCCUCUGAAGGGCCCCUUCUUGCCUUAGUGGACCAAUUUGGAAUUUCUCAUCCAUGUUGGUGGCAGAACCAGCAGUGUUCUAUGAGCAGCUGAGAGCUGCCAUUUUAAUUUCCCUCAAUUCAUCAGAGGGAAUGUGGAGGAGAUAAAACAUUAAUGUUUUUGAGAUUAGAUUGUCAGACUAGGAUUUGGGAGAUCAUCCUGGGAAUUCCCACUCAGUCAUGGAGCCCACUGGAACCAUUGGCUUACUUUCAGCCUCACCUACUUUACAGGGUUGCUACUUUACAGGGUUGCACAGAUAAAGGAACAGUAGAGAACUUUUUGGAUACACUAAUUUCCCUGGGAGUACUUGUGUAGAAGAAUGGGAUGGCAUUUACCCAGAUAAAUAGAAGAGCUAGUGAUAUCCUGAAGAAAGGUUCUGUGGAAGAGCUUUUGUGUUACCAAUCCAAGUUGUGAUUCCAAAACUUUUAAAAACUUGUUCAGCGAGUAAAACCAAUUCUCCCUGUUGAUUUCAGAAUGAAAAGAACUAUUAUGCUGUUGGCGAACAAGCUGAAGUUGUCUGUUUGAGUGGAUACAACCUUGUGGGGUAUCAGUUCUUUCUCUGCCUACCAGAUCAAACGUGGGCACAGAGGCCUGUCGAUUGCCAGCGUAAGAGCCAGAAAAACCCUUGCCAGAUAGAACGAUUCCCCCCUCCCACUGUGUGACCUUUUGUGGGUUCUCCCAACCCCUGCAAAGCCGAUUUAUGGGGAGGAGGAGAAGGGGGAAAGCCCCAUUGUGUUAGUGGGACUUGUUGCUCUCGCUUCUGCUAGUGCAACUGUUUAGUUGAAUCUGGAGCAAAGGGAUAACUAAACAUAUGAGAGGAUCUUUAAUUGCAUGUUUAACCUGCAGGCUUUUUAUAACAAGAUGCUUAUUUUAUUAUUUUAUUUUGCUAUAGCAUCCUCUUGUCUCAGACCAUCAGCAUCUCCUAGUGUAUCCAUUUCUCCAUUUAAAAGUGACUACAGCAUUGGAGAAACCAUCCAACUUAGCUGCCCUGCAACCUAUAUCCUAAGUGGCCACGGACAAUACACUUGUGGGAAAGGCCCAUCCUGGAAGCCUCCUGUUUGGAGCCUGCUCACCUGUGAGAAAGGUAAAGGGAAGCAAGUUGAUUCUAUGUGGUUCAGUGGCUAGUAGUCUGCCAGACCAGGACUGGGGAGGUGCAGGUUCAAAUUCACAUGUAGCUAUGAAGCUCACUGGUUGAUUUUGGGUCAGUCAUUGCUUCUCAGUCUUUGCAGGGCUGUUGUGAAGAUAAAAGUGCAUGACUACAUAUGUCAUGUUGUGUGGAUGCCUGAUUAUCGUCUUCCAAAGCAACUACUCUAUUCUGAACUUAAAAAUGGUAAGUGUAAUGCUGGUGGUCAACAAAAGAGACUCAAAGACGCUUUCAAGGCAAAUCUAAAAAACAUAGUAGUAUAAAAACGGACAACUGGAAAACAAUGGCCUGUGAGCACUCCACUUGGAGAGCAGCCUUUACCAAAAGUGUCAUGGACUUUGAAGAUGCUCAAACUCAGGACGAAAGGGAGAAACACGCUAAGGGAAACCCUCACCAUGAUUAAGUCCCACCUGGAAACCUAUCUCCCCACUUGGAAGGACGUGUGGAUCCAGAAUUGGCCUCCACAGUCACUUAUGGACUCAUUGUUAAAACCAUAUUUAUGGAAGACAAUCUUACAAGUGGCUACAAGUGACAGAAGAAGAAGAAGAAGAAGAAGAAGAAGAAGAAGAAGAAGAAGAAGAAGAAUGGUGCCUUGAGCUCUCUAGGAGCAGGGAGAAAUAAAAAUGCAACAAAUAAAGAAAUGGACACCCACCAAAACCACUUUUUAUGCACCUCUCUGAUAUAGUAUGUCCUCCUUUCCAGUCCUGACUUGUGACUUUAGGCUUCAUUGCCGCUGUGCUCUCUUGCUUCUAAUAUAUCAGUUCUCCGUAUGCGUCUCUUCAAAGCCUUCUUCUCUCAUUUCAUACCACAUUCAAACUUAAUCCUUUCAAGUCUCUACGUCUGUCAAUGCUCUAUGCAGGUGAAGGACUGCAGCUCCGUGAGCUUGCAGCUGUUACAGAUUACAAUCAUGGGAAUAGACUUCUGACCUUGUAGGACAAUGUAUUCAGAAGCUCUGUUGUGUGCUCUCUGUAAAACAAAUGCCCUACUGGAACAGCUAAAUGAGAAGACGGAUUUGAUGACUGAUGCGAUCAGAAAUUUUGAACAGGCAGUGGGAAACUAUAUGGAGCCCACCCAGGAAUUAAAUCAGGAGUGUGCCCCGAGAGAAUAGAUGAGGGAAGAGGAUGUUGCUGAAUCUUGGGCGCCAAGGAUGGAGGGAGCUGUGGCCCUGCAGGAACAUGAGCUUUUGGAUUUGACAAAUGAACUUGGAAAAAGCCAGAUUUGGAAAGAUAAAGUUUGGACUGGUUUGGAAAUGGGGGGUUGGAUAGACCCCCCUAUGCAGGGAUGUUUGGACUUUUCAAGUCUGGCAAUGGGCCGUGAGAUGUUUGAGGCUGUGGGGGCUCUUAAUUUUGAAGGGAUUCUGAAACACGUUUUUAAAUACCACAUGGAGUUUAGUCUGGACUAUGGAAAAGGGGCUGAUUUGUUGAGAAGGGUCAAAAACAUUGUCAAGCUGGAGUUCCCACGAGUGAAAGGAGAAUAUGAAGAAGAGCUGUGGAAGGGACUUAAGGGCCUCGGAUAUAAGGUUACCAGGUUAUGGCAGAAUCCGAGACCAGGGAGAAGAGUCGGUGGAAGAAGAUUGGAAGAAAUUUAAAGACUAUCUACAGAAAUAUUGCAAAAUUAAUGAAUGUUAGAAUGAUGUUAGAAUGAAGUUAGGUGGUUUAAGCAGUAAUGCUAUAAAGGUGUAUGUAAAAAAGGAUUGAUAACAGGUGAAAAUUUAAAGUCAUAGUAUAUUAAGUUGAAGGAUCAUGAGAAAAUAAAGAGGGAAAGAAAUUGCUGAAUUAACUAAUUGAACUGGAAUACAAAAAAGGGAGGUAUGAGGAGGUCAGGGAAACAAGGAUAUGAAUAUAAGGCAUAGAAAAAUUGAUCUAUUUUUCUCUUUUUCUUCUUUAAGUGUUUUUUUAUUCUUUUAUUCUGUACUUUGUAUUUUGUAUUUUUCUUGUAUUUUUACUUCUGUUUUUUGUUUUCACUUUUCUUGUUUUUGUGUAAUUCUUUUUUUUCUGAAAAUCUAAUAAAUAUCAUUUUUUUUAAAAAAGGACUGCAGCUCCGUGGCUGAGCAUCUGCCUUGCCUGCACAAGGUCCCAGGUUCACUCCUUGGCAUGUCCAGAGAGACACCUCUGCCUAAAACCCUGGAGAGCUGUUGCCAGUCAGUGCAGACAGUAUUGAGCUAGAUAGACCAAAGGUCUGACUCAGCAUAAAAUAACUUCAUAUGUUAUGUUAUCUGCAGUAGGAUUUGUGUUUCCAAGCCCCUUGAAAAUCAUGAUUUGCUGGUUGUUGUUUUCCCCAGAUGGUCACACUCAAGCUCAAGGCAGUUGCAGGCCAGGCCAAAAGCAGGCUAGAUCCCAGUGUGUGUGUCUGUCGCCAACAGAGGACUGUGGGUAAGGAAAGCUUCAUCCCCUCCCCACCCACAUGUAACAUGUUGAAAUAUCUAUAGCUCUAAACUCCUUUAGCUGGAGUGGGAAGUUUCAAUGAGAUUUCAAGGCUUGUGGGAUUCCCCAUACAUAUGUAAAUAAAGAAACAGACAAUAGCUAUUAAGCAGCAUGGCAGAGGUGUUGAUGCACACACAUAUUUCUUUUGUUCCACUGUCAUCCUUGGUCAAAUAAGUUUUUGAAACACUACCCUGCUGCGUCCCCACCCAAAAAGAAAACCCACUACAAAACCUGUUUGGCGAGAGAUUACUGUACUCACAGAGAGCAGUGAUACUUCUUAUGUACCUUUUUCAACACUCUGAAGAACAAACAAAGCAUCAUCUGCCUCCAUGUCAGAUUUAUGUUAGUCUCAUAAAGCUGUCUGAUAAGCCUAGGGACAUUCCAGACUUUAGAUUCAUUGUCUCCUUGAAUCUCUCCAAUGUGCUGAGCAGGCUUCAGGUUAUUUACAAUCAACUGUUCUACAGUCCCCCUUUAAAGAUGAUGGAACCUAGGCUGCUCCUUCCUUCCUUCCUUCCAUCCAUCCAUCAGAUACUAUUUCAUUUGGGCAAACAGGGCACUGCCCCACUAACCUCAACCUGCCCUCUUUUUUGCAACCAAUUCAGAAGGUGACACUAGCUGUCAGGUUCCUCCUUUUUGUUGUGCAGUGGGAGGAAUAUGGGGACAAAACUAGAAUUAGCUUCUCCUUUCACUCCUCCUACUGUCCACUAAAUUCUUUCUCUUUGUGCUUUCCAAGACACUACUCUGAAGAUGUUUGUGUCCUGGAUGCAGCUUCUGAGCAAACCCUUACAAAGCCCAGCUGUCAGUAUUUGGCAGAAAAAUGCCUUGCAGAGGAUUCGCUCCAUUUCCUGCAUGCUGGCCCUUGCCUCAGUGACACUGACUUGUGGUGGGCCAAGGAAAGGGCCAAAAUGUCCGCAAACAGCAUAAAGAAAGAACCUUGCGGCUACGACACAUGCUAUGAUUGGGAGAGCUGCCUAGGUAAGCAUGACUCCUCAGUCCUUCAGUGGCUCUGGGCUAAUGCUCAGCACUGUGAUCGCACUUGCAGCAAUUACAGUUGCAUCUUUAGUCAAUUAAUUUGAUUAACCGAUUAAAACAGAGGCGAGAACCUUUUUGGCUCUAUGGGCCAAACCUGGGUUUUAGCAGGAGUUUCCAUGGCAUGGAAUUCAGCCAAACUGAGCAGUGCUGGCAUAGUUCAGAUGGUAGAUUAUGAGACUCUUAAUCUCAUGUUCAUGGGUUCGAGCUGGGCAAAAGAUUGGACUCCUUUGGGCAGGGGCUGGACUCAAUGACCUUCAUGGUCCCUUCCUGCUCUACAAUUCUGUGAUUCUAUGAUUUAACCCCCUGUCCAUCAGCUAAUGAGUGAGGGGUUAAAUUCUGCCCAUUUGGCUGCCCAGGAACAGAGGUGUAUAGAGUCAACCCACCCUCACGGCCGUCAGAUGAUGUCACCAGUGAUGUCAGUUGAUGGGUGGGUGGGUGUGGUUUGGAGAAAUGGUUCCAUGGGCUAAUGUGGACUGGCCCACAGACUUGGAGGUUCCCCACCCCAGAUUAUAGGUUACCAACUAAGCUGCAGCAAGCACCCAACACGGCCAACUGCCAACGCCAGCAAUGGCCAAUAGAGGAAAAGAAUGUUAUCCGUCUUGGAAAUCCCAGGGUGGUCCCAGGAGAGCUGUGAUCCCCUUCCAGCUCCCAACACACAGUUGAAAGCUCCAUCUUGUACAAAUAGCAGCAGCUGGGAAGGGAAAGUACUGUUUGUUUUAUGAAAACGAUCUGGUAUAUUUCUGAGUGCGUGCCUGUGCUAAGAAGUGAAAUCCCCGUGGGAUUGUUUGUUCAAGCAUUAUUGUGCAACGAGGGAGAAACAACCAUCGCUUUUCCCGUAAGGUUACGAAAUGUUUCUUGGCUGGCCUGUUGCACCGAACGGUUCAGCCAAGAAAGGGAAGGACAAUGGCUGUGUGGAGAGAGGUCAGAAUGAGGCUGGCCUGUGAAAGAGAAUCAACUCUUUUCUUUGAAGUAUAAUAAGCUAACACAAGUUAGUACAUUGUUUCUCAGUGGGUGAGUUGAGCACAUCUCCAGAAGACCAGGAAAAGAAGACAACUUCUUAAUUUUUGACCUGGCAGCUCCUAAUGUCAGGAGCUGUGAAUUUCCUAGGGAACAGUCAUAGCUCAGUGGCAAAGCAUCUGCUUUGAAUGCAGAAGGUGCCAGGUUCAAUCCCAAGCACCUCAAAGUUGGGCUGGAAGAGACUCCAGCCAGACGCUGUAUUUCUGUCUUGCUUCUAUAAUAUUUCCAGCCUUUAACAUGCCAGUGUGGUAUAGUGGUUAAGAGCGGUGGACUCGUAAUCUGGGGAACCGGGUUCGCGUCUCUGCUACUCCACAUGCAGCUGCUGGGUGACCUUGGGCCAGUCACACUUCUCUGAAGUCUCUCAGCCCCACUCACCUCACAGAGUGUUUGUUGUGGGGGAGGAAGAAGGGAAAGGAGAAUGUUAGACGCUUUGAGACGCCUUCGGGUAGUGAUAAAGCAGGAUAUCAAAUCCAAACUCUUCCUCUUCUUCUUCUCUGGGUACCAUUUGAGUGAAACAAAAACCUGUUUCUCUCUUGCAGAGACGCACAAUACCUGCUUCUGCCUGAUCCCUAGCCAGUGCCCGCCAAGUGAGGAGCACCUCUUCUGCCUCAACGUUCGGCACAGAAGGAUGACAGCCAACCUCUGCACACUGGGGGCCAUGAAAUGCUCCAAAAUGAACUUUGAAGUAGCGCAUGAAGGACGCUGCUUGGACUAA